UAGAGAUUCGGUUGUUGACAGUCAUGAGUUCAGCUCUGUAUCUGAUCCUGCUUUUCUCAGCUCUGUGGACUCUCUCCUUCUGUGGGACUCGUCAGUUUCAUGUGGUGAAUGUAAAUAAGAACUGGAUCGACGCUCAGAAAUACUGCAGAGAGAAAUACAUUGACCUGGCCACCAUUCAGAGCCAAGGGCAGAUGAAUGUUGUAACAGCUUUUCUCAAUGGGUCAACAGGCAAUUUCUGGAUCGGACUGAGGCAGAAAGUUCAACAGAACAGCACUAGCUGGAUCUGGUCAGAUGGGAGUAACUCCUCAUACAGAUACUGGAAACCUGGAGAGCCAAACAACACUGGGAGUGACAACUGUGUGCAGUUACAAAGUGAUUUUGCAUACAGAUGGAUUGAUGCAGGCUGCGUUUGGCCAAAUCCAUUUAUCUGCUAUAUAGACCUUCCGCUCAUCCUGAUUAAUCAGAAUAAGACGUGGAGAGAAGCUCUGAGAUACUGCAGAGAGAAUCAUGUGGAUCUGGUCUCAGUUCACACUGAGAAAAUUCAGCACUGGGUGGAGAUGAUUACUAGCAAACCCUCCACUGCUAAUGUGUGGAUGGGUCUGCGUCACACCUGUGCUCAGAACUUCUGGUUCUGGGUGAGUGGAUCGACCAUCUGCUACCAGAACUGGGCUCCGGGGAACGGGACAGGGGUGGAAGACUGCAGUGGAGGAGAAAGAUCAGGAGCGGUGCAGUCUGGAAGUAAGAAGUGGGUCAGUCUGCCAGAGGACCAGAGACUCAACUUCAUCUGCACCACCUCUGAAGAGCUUUAGAUUAAGGAUUCAGGCAACCAUCAAUGAAGCUGGAUCUACCUACUGUACUUUUCAUUUCAUUACAAUCUUGUUAUGUCAUUACUGAAUUUGUCUGAAUUUGUUUUCUUUUUUAAAAACUUCCCAAUACUUAGCAGCUCCACAAAUCUCUUUAUGCUGUUGACUAAUGGCCUUUAGGUGUCCCUUUUCAUUGUGUAAGGUAACUUAAAUGUAUAUAAUUUAAUAAUUCAUGUACACAUUAUAUGUCCAAAAGUUUGUAGACGAUUUUUCAUCCAAUGCUUCUUCUGAAAUUGAGGGCCUUAAUAGCAAGUUUGCCCCCCUUUGCCGCAGUACCAGCAUCUACUCAUCUACGAAGGCUUUACACUAUAUGUUGAAACAUUGCUGUGAGGACUACAGGAGGUCAGGUGGAUGUUGAAUGGUGGUAUUGAUGAUGUUAGUUCUUGAUCACUCCAGCUCAUUCCAAAGGUAUUUGAUGAAGCUUCAUAGUGCGUGUAGUGAAUGGAAUUUUAGGAGUCUUAACCAAGGACUCCUAUCUGUAUAGGUUAGGGUGUUUGCCCAGGCAGGGGAUCGCACCACAGUCUACAGCAGAGGUGUUACCCACUACACUACAACUACUAGGUGAAUUUGUUAUAGUUGCUGCAUACUAUUGGAUAUAUAAUGUAUAUAUGUUGAAAGUGUCAGUAAUACCUGUCUAGAUUGUACUUUAUAAUUCUUCUUGACUGGACUUAAAAAUAGAUAAACUGUGCUGAAGAUUCUACACGCCUAUUGCACGGCAGGUAACACUGAGUGCGUUUACAUGCACUCAAUAAUCCGAUCAUAAUUGAUUAUUCAAAUGGUCAUGUAAACAGCACAUUCCAAUUUCUUAGAUCAGUGUAAGGUCUAAAUCCGACUAAGAGAGCUGGAUUUUAGCUCAGUAAUCAGAUUUCUCAGUGCAUGUAAACUCUUACUCUGAUUUCUUUCAUAUUUCUCAGUCUGCGCAUGUGUGAAAACAGACCGCUGCACUGGAAAUAAGCAAGCAGCAAAAUACUUACGGAGCGAUGCUAAAACCAAACACAUGACAAAAUGAUAGGUUUAAAUAUGCAUCUUCUAGAUGAUGCAUGUUUGUAUUUUUGGUAAAGGGGUGCAAUGUUUGAGUUUUACGUUACAUUUACGUCACGUCUUCUUUCGUGAGUUUACAAAGCAGAAAUCUGAUUACUGUCUGACUCAUGUAGACCCGGGGUCUCCCCAUUAUCUGAUUACUCAAGUGCAUGUAAACACCUUCAUCAGAUUGCUGAAAAAAUCUGAUUUUCUGCAGUUAUUAGAUUAUUAAUUGCAUGUAAAUGCAUUCAUUGCUUUAUGUUGUUGCUGCUUUUCAUCCCACUCGAUUUACAAAGAAGCUUUGUUUUUGUCCACUGGUAACCAACUCACCAAUUUAUGUUCUAUUACCUUUUUAAAAGCAAUGAAAAGGCUGUUGUUUUAUACAUAAUUAUAUAUAUAUAUAUAUAUAUAUAAUUUCUGUAAAAGGCAAAGGGCUUUGUAUUUUAACUUAAAAUUAAAUUAUUAAAAAUUUGCAUUUAAAUGAUGACAAAAACACAUUAAAUGCCUGUGUUCACUGUUAGUAAGGUGAUUAUGGACUGAUCCACCUCACUCACAUUAAACUUCUCUAUGAAAUACUGUGGUGUCUGCCACGGGCCAUGUUGCCUCUAGGACAUCAUCAGGAAUGGCCAUGCAUUUGGCCAUGCGGAGAGGCUCAUGGGAGGCGCACGCCCAGUAAAUGACUGCUGUUGUUUUUGUUGUUGUUAUUGUUGUGCUCUUAGCUUAGAUUGUGUUUGGAUAUGAUUUAUUCUGUUAUUCUAUUAGCUAUUUAGUGUGCUAACUCUAAAGUGGAUGUGUGUGUGACCUUCUCACUAUUCUGGCUGGUUUUCAGUGGCUUUUCUGCCUUUUUCCAAGUAAAAGAAUGGUUUUAAACAGAAACUGUGGUUUCAGCU